CCCGCCCCCGCCCCCUGCGCAGGCGCGCCCGGCCGCUGGUUCGAGUCUCGUGGCGCAGCGGCCCGGAGAUGCCGACGGAGCCGGGAGUGGCGGAGGCGGGUGCGGAGGGAAUCCCGCAGCCCCCCGCAGACAGCGAGCCCGAGGUGUUUGAGAUUGUGCUGCCAAUCACUAUCUUGGUGCUGAGCGAUGAGGAUUUUCUCCAGGAUGAUGAUGAUAAGGACCAGGAAGUGUCCAUUCCCGAGGUGGAGCAAGAGUUUAAAUUAAACAACAGCUUUUGCCUAAAAAAUGAAGUGGAGCCUUCAAGUGACAGCAGCAGUUUAGGCAAUUGGGAUGCAAACAAGACUGUUUCAAAUGAAGAUAAUUGUAUUAAGUACUCUGAGGGGAAAUGUUUCGCUGAGAGUGUGUGUAACACAUCAGAAUUAUCUUCCGGUGAUGGGUGUGAUGCUGGCACGGAUAAAUAUGGUCAAAAUGGCAUGUUACCUACAUCGUCUUGCAAAACAGAGCUUCCAGAGGUAGUGAAAUACAGUGCUGGAGAAGAUUGUGUUGAUAAUGAUGGCUUUCAGAAGAUUCCUCCUCUCCUCUCCUCUGCUGACAGUGACAGAGCUGACACUUUGGAGACAUUGGUAGUGGUACCCAAAGAGGAAGAAGAACCUGUUAGUAUUGCAAGUGUUCUUUUUGAUGGCAGUCCACAGACACAACCAGAAAUCCACAAGGAAUUUGAGAUCAUUGUUAAAAUGGAAGAUCCUGAUUCCUCAAAGAAUGGAGAUGAUGAAAUUGAUUACAUGAAAAUAAGCAAAUUUGAAGAUGAAACUCUGAGUUCUCCUUUGGAACAUGGCUUGAAAGAAGAGGAGAAAUUUACCUAUAACUGUUCUGAUCCAUUUGUUAAUGGAUGUUCUACUUUUAAGGAACAUCUAGAAGAUGUAGGGAAACCUGACAUGAAUGCUUCUACUUCUGCUGAAUCAAUUACUACCGGAGAGCAUAUUCACAAGAUGUUAACACCGUUCUCUAAGAAGAGAUACCAGCAACAAAAAGUUGUUUCUUCUCAUGCAAGCCAAAAUGAGUUCCAGAGCCAGGAAGAAGGUUUCACAUGGCUGAAGGAUAGUGUGACCAUCACACCUCUUCCUAAAACAUCUUGUUUUACAAAGGAGAAUGAAAGAUUUAGUUUCAAGUGCAGGUUUUGUAGUUCUGUGUUUAAAUUCAGUGCACACCUGAAGAAACAUAUUUACUCAGCUCAUAAAGAUAAGAAAAUACAUAAAUGCUGCUUUUGUAAAAAAGCCUUUUUCUUUUCUUUCAAUCUCAAGAAUCACCUUAAAUUUCAUAAGAAGGUUGCUAGGUUGAAAAAGGCAAGAAAAAAUAGAAUAAGUGCAAGAAAGGGGAGGCAGAAAGGAUCUGAAGGAGAAUCUGAGACCAAGAAAAAAGAAAGUAAAUACGAGAAAUUUUUCAUUAAAAUUGAAAGGGACUUUACACCCCUGGAUGUGCCAGUUAGCUUUUCCUGCAGAAUUUGUUUCUUUGUUUCAUCCAGUCCUAGGAGUUUUAUUCAUCACAUGAAGGGACACAAGGAGAGACCCCCUUACCAGUGCCCUCAGUGUGAUUACUCCUGCAGCAGCUUGUCCUACCUGUUAAAUCACAUGUACUGGCAUGCUGGCUAUAAGCUCUACCAGUGCAGGUUCUGCACCUUUUUUUCACUGUAUUUUGCAAGCAUGGUGAGGCACAGCCACAUCCACGCAGGGGAUAAACCAUAUUGCUGUGAACUCUGCCAGGUGGCAUUCACCAGCACCUCAGGUUUGGAGAGACACAGGAGGACACAUGCAGAGACAGAAACGUGCCAAGCGCAGCAACCCAGCUGCCUGAGUGGGAGAAAGAGAACUGAAAGUUCUGCAAAGACUUAUGCAUGUGAUGAAUGUAACCUGGUGUUCUACACUAAAGGACAUCUCAGCUUUCACAAGAAAUUUCAUGAACAGUUAAAGUCUAAUGGUUACACGAGUCAGAGCAAUAAAUACUGUACAAGAGGCAGAGCUGAUGGUGAUUCUCAGGGCCAUGUUUCUCACUCUCUUUUUGGUGGAGAAAAUGAUUGUCUGGGUAGGGGAAUCCUGGCUUCAGAAGUGGAGUUUGAGCAAGAAGGUGAUGUGUGGGACAAUAAGAAAAUAUGCUCUGGAAAGAAAUUCCUUGAAAACAGCCAAGGAAGCAACAGCUUGGCUUUUACUGGAAACAGAUCAGAAAUUCCUUGGACCUCUUACCAAAUGGACCCUGUCACUCCUCACAAAGAGGAGGCUUUCUUCAAAGCAAAGACCUCUCAUUCACAAGUGCAAGAUGAUGCUUCAUUUCAUAACUUUGUGAAAAACUUGAAGGAUACAUAUCCUUCUAAUUUAAAUACAUUCCAAACAUACAGAUGCCGGCACUGCAGUUAUGCUACUGCUGUUCCUAACAACUUCAGGCUGCACCUAAAGAUACAUACGGAUGAAAGACCAUUCGUAUGUAAAGAGUGCAAUGAGACAUUUAAAACAUCAAACCAUUUGCAGAAACACAGCCUUCUUCAUGUGAAAAAUGGACAGGAGUUUGGAAGUUGCCUCUUUGUAGAGAGGUGUUUAGAGAAUCUUGAAUUGCAUCGUGAAAUCCAGAGAGGCACAUAUCCAGAAAGGGAUUUUGAUGCCUGCAAAGGCUCAAACAGCUCCUUGCUUGGUUCAGAAGUUUGGGGUGUUCAGCAAGGUGUUCAGAGGGGCACAGCAAACGAUGUGCUAGCACAAAGUCAGCCACUAUUGUAUCAGUGUUCAGAGUGCAGCUAUGCUACUGGCAGUUCAAGCAACCUGCAGCUCCACAUCAGAACUCACACAGGUGAGAGGCCCUACAGUUGCCCCGUUUGUCAGAAGAUGUUCCGUACUUCCAGUCACCUGAAAAGGCACAGACUCACACAUUUGAACCUGGGGCAUUUCAAGUGCAUGAGCUGUGAUUACUCAACCAACAAAUGGCUGUCCUUGAAGCAGCACCUGGCUUCGCAUACCGGGGAGGGAACCUCCUCUCCUGGCUGCCUCUACGAGCAUACUGAGCUGCCUGUCAAGACAUACAGGUGUGAGGAGUGUGGCUAUUGCACAGCCCACAACGGGAACCUGAAGCUCCACAUGAGGAUCCACACGGGGGAGAAGCCAUUCCAGUGCGGGCAGUGCUCCCUGGCUUUCCGCACCUCCAGCCACCUCAAGCGCCACUGGCUGACUCACCUCAAGCUGAAGUGCAAGAGGUGCAGGUAUUCCACGGUGGAUAAACAGGCUUUCCAAAAGCACAUAAAAACACACAGAAAGAAGUACAGGUGUGCAAACUGUAGUGUGGUGCUGCCCACCAAAAAACUGCUGGAGAAGCAUAAGCAGCAGCACAAUGUUGGAAUGUGAGAAUUGGAAGUUGGUGCUUGGUUUUGGACAGGUUUGCAUGUCCUGAAUUUCUUCAUGGCUUUAUGUUCCUUUGCUGUGCCCAGAACAGUGGUUGGUAAUGGAUGCAUCCAGCAUAUUGGUCAAGAGAGUGACACUUGGGGUAUUGGUUUGCUGCAGGUGUUUCUGGGAACAUCAAUUCUAGCACAGCCUGUGCUGAACAUCUUGGAGACACUUUUUCAUCCCUGAGUAACCACUUCAGUAGAGGUCAGUUAUUUUGGCCAGUGUUCAUCUGUGUUUAAGCAGUUAUUCUGCACCACUUACUUUCCUGUAAAAAUUUAAUAUGAAAAAAAAAUCUUUCUUUUCUGACUGAAAGAAUGUAUAACGGGAGAGAAGGAAGGGCAUGUUAUAUUUUGUAGUAAUAACUUUUCAUGUGAACUUUGUCAGUGUAUCUGGAGGCUAAAUGCUACCUCCCAUCUGCUGAAAGUUGCCUCCUUUACUUCCAGGUACCUUUGCAAUACUUGUAAGAAAAUGGAAAAAAAAGAGUAUGUCACCAAAUUACAGAAGCAAAAUAUGCAUGUCAUCACUGGAUAAUUGGGACAUUGAAAUGUUUUACAUAUGUCUGUAUGUAUAAGAUGUUUAUUAAGCUGUUACCUUGUCUGUAGUUUUGAUAAUUUUUGAGUAGUCUGACAGAAAUGGUGAUGUCCAGAAACAUCUAUUUUAUGAUACUGGGAACCUUUAAAUCUUCAAUUUUAUGUGAAUGUCUAAUGUUAAUCCAGUAUGAAAUGCCUUACCUUUUCUCAGGUUCGUAGUUACUGUGUUGUUUGUUAAAGUAGAUUAAAUACUGUUCAAAUAAAUUUUGAUAAUAAGAGCAGUUGCUGGUAAUUAUGAAUGUUAUUUAGUUACAUUGAAAACUUAGCAGUAUUUGAAACUAAAAUUAUUUAAGAACUUCACUCUUAGUCUAAAUUACUGUGUGUAAGAACCAUUGUACUAUGCAGCAGUUGGUGCAGGGAAUGGUGAACCCAAAUGGAUGCUGCUUCCAAUUUAUAUCCAAAUCUAGACAAAUCUUUGUUUUGGAGUUUUGCAGUGAUAGGAACUCCUGAGUGUGGUAUGUGGUUUUAACAACAGUCUCUUAUCCCCUUGUGUGAGGAAAGACAACAGCAAAGGCCUGGUACAAACUGUCCCAAUGCUACAGCUCAGUCCAUGGAACAGCAGAACAAACCUGUGGUUUAAUUUAGAGAAUGUAAAUGUGGAACUCGGUGCUUUUUUUUUUUUUUUUCUGCUUCUGGAUGUGUGUCUUUCUGUAGAAAUACAGAUAAUGUCUUGUAGAGGCUUUCUGGUAACAUAGGAGACAGGAUGGGAAGGGCUGCCCAGGGAGGUAGUGGAGUUCCUCUCUUUUUAGAUAUUUAAAAGCCAUCUGCAUGUAAUCCUGGACAACCAGCUGUGGGUGGCCCUGCCUGAGCAGGGGCUUGUCUUCCAGAACACCUGCAGCCAUUCUGCAAUUUGGAAGACAAUUUUCCAAUAAUGGGUUGAAACUCAUGGACAGAUGAAUGUAUUUAAUGCCAGAUCAGCAAAGAUAUUCAGGUGAUCCAGUUCUUGGCAGCUUCAGUAAGGUCAGACAAGUAUCUGUGCCUGAACCAUGGUGGUUACAGAUGAAUGAUUUAGACCUUGGAGCCACCUAAUCCACUUCUGAGAAAGAAGAAUGUUCUCCUGUAUGAAGAAAGAAAAGCAUUUCUGGGAAAUAUUACUGGUUACUCAAGCUUAGAGGCGUUUUUACCUGCAUUACUUUACAAUUCUGAUCAUUUAUUUGAAAAGAACAGGUACAAAGAGAAAACAAUACUGAAGGAAUUGUAAGCCUCUAUAUCAAAUGAGACUAGAAAGGCUAAAUCUGAUAGAGCACUGUUGUUUAAAAGCAUGGCGUACAACAGUGAUGAAAAGAGCCUGGUUUAGGGGGAUAAAUUAACUGCAGUAAAUUUUUGAAAGAGUUUGUAAAUAUAAGUUUCUUCAAGUUUUAGUUUCUUGUUUAAGUAAGAACAAGAAGGUAUUUUCAGUUAGAGCUUGAUUUUAUAAAAAUAAUUAUUCCUAGUUGCUGCUUCUAAUAAAAAUAAGCAGCU